GAAUAACCUAAGGCUUUACCUCCCUUAUCUGAGCUCAAGCAAAUCUUCCAACUCAAAACAAAACAAAACAAAAAAAAUUAAAAAAUAAAAAAUAAUAAAAAAUGGACCGCACCCGAGCAGCCAGAAUGACCACCGGCGGACCCAGCUCCCGACACCCCGGCCUAGCCCUCGCCGCCGUCGCAACAGCCGGCAUCGCAGUCGCCGUCCAGUACCGCCGAUCCGUCCUGACCCGCAACGAGAAAGCCCAGAAGAACUCGCCCGAGCACCCCAACUUCUACGUCAGCGUCGACCGGAGCGGCGGCGGUAUCUAAAAUAAAAGCUUCCGAGGAUAUAUAUAUAUAUAUACGAGUAUAGGUAUAGGUACCUAAUCUUGGGAAAACCUAGACAGCCCUAAGACCUAAGAUCUAUCUAUUUGGAGAGGGGGAGAGAGAGAGAGAGAACAAGGCAACAUCAUCAAUGAGAAUCGUGAAUAUUUGGGGGCAAUUACUCGUACCUCGAACGACGCGAGAAUGCUGGCUGGCUGGGUUAAUUGGGAAUUUUACGACACAAUUGGGAUUUAUCAUGACAAAGGGCUAGACACGCCUCAUCAUUAGAUGUAUAUGCGUACGUGAUGAUUGGGUAACGUAAUGACGGGCGUUUUCUGUUUCUUACUACCCUUAGAUACGAUACAAGACAUACAAUAAAAAAAGAAUGUUAAACAAA